GUCAUUGACCCGUCUGUAUAAAUGCUUGUAUGCUCUGGAGUAACGACUGGGCGUUCCCGCAGACACAACGUUACAGCUAACCCAGUCCUCCGAUGACUUUGCGGAAACUGCUCGCUUUGUCGGUGCUGGCGGCAUGGACCGUCGUUGGACAUCCCCUCGACUCUCGUGCAGCGGAUCCUAUUGCAGCAUUGUCCUAUGCAUCGUUUCAAGGCUCCACGUCCGGCGAUGUAUCGUCCUUCCUCGGUAUGCCCUACGCGACUCCACCGAUCGGAAGUCUGCGCUUCGCAGCACCCCAGCCGCCUGUGACGAUGGACGGUAUACAAGACGCGACGAGCUUCGGAGCAGCGUGUCCUCAACAAGGGCUCGUCCUUCCCGAACUGCUUCCUUCGAACUUCUCGAUCAUUUCUUCUGGAUCGCUAAUCUCAGAAGACUGCCUCUUCGUCAACAUAUGGAAACCGGCCUCCGCGGCAGCUGGAGAUAACCUCCCUGUGCUCUUCUGGAUCUUCGGAGGAGCAUUCGAGAUCGGGGAUGCAUCGCUGUACGACGGCGCGCUAUAUGUGGAACGAUCUAUUGCAUUGGGCGAGCCAAUAAUACUCGUAUCACACAACUAUCGCGUGAACGCGUUCGGGUUCUUGGCAAGCGAGGAACUAGCAGCAGAGAAUGCAACAAACAUUGGACUCAGAGAUCAAAGACUUGCAAUGGAAUGGGUUAAUCAAUAUAUCUCGGAAUUCGGAGGCGACCCAGACAAAGUCACCAUCUGGGGAGAGAGUGCCGGCGCGUACUCUGUCGCUGCUCACCUGAUCUGGAAUGACGGUGAUACCGGAGGCCUGUUCCGAGCCGCUGUAAUGGAAUCGGGUUUCCCGAUAUCGCUUGCGAACGUUUCGCAAGGGCAGCAAUACUACGACCAGCUGGUACAGAACACAGGAUGCUCUGGAGCAUCUGAUACGUUGUCAUGCCUGCGCGAGACAGACUACACGGCGUUGCUCGCAGCGGUCGCAGAAAGCCCUAGUUUCUUCAGUUAUCAGAGUCUGAACCUUGCGUGGGAGCCUCGCAUCGAUGGCGACAUAAUCGUCCGAAAUGGGUACCGAUACAUCGAGAUGGGCUUGUACGCGAAGGUACCAGUGAUCGCAGGCGACUGCUACGACGAAGGAACUUUGUUCUCAUUCAGCAAUGCCAACAUCACAACUGAUGAAGAGUUCCUUGAAUACAUACAUACCAACUACAUCACGAUUGCUUCCGACUCGCAAAUCGAAGCUGUGGGGGAGGCCUAUCCCGCUGAUCUCAGUGCUGGUUCCCCAUAUGACACGGGUAUUUUCUAUGCCUUGACCCCGCAGUUCAAGCGAAUCGCAUCGUUCCAGGGCGAUUAUUAUUGGCAGGCACCGCGCAGAUUCUUCCUCUCGUACGCAUCGCAAACGCAAGACACUUGGGCAUACUUGUACGAGCGCGGCAAAUACAUACCAUAUCUGGGCGCCGCUCAUGGAACGGACCUACUCGAGUUUUGGUCAGAUGUCGAUUACAUCGCAGUGGAUGCUUUGAUUAACUUUGCGACCAACGUCAAUCCGAAUGCCCCUUCCGAUCUCCCUUCUGGUGUCAGCCUACUGUCCGAUAUCACCUGGGAUCAAUGGGGCUCUGAUACAUCCGCCCCGCCAUUGUUGACCUUCGUCGACCCUGCGCCUCUGGUCGAAAUCACAACGGAUACAUAUCGUGCAUCCGCCAUGAACCUUUUGAACGAGUUGGAGUCUCUGUUCCCUUGAUAUUCCAUUUUAGUAGGAUAGCGGCCGGGAGUGAAUGGUGAUUAUCUGCAUGUAAACGAGCCAACCUGGUCAUUUCAAGUUCGUGAUUGGCGAUUCAAGUUUCCGACGAUACAUCCGUCAAACUUGAACGUGCUGAAGCCUAGUGCCACGCUCAUGCUGGUGACUGACUCACGGAAUUGUUCACUUGGCUGGGCGAGUCGUAGCCUAUCGAAGAGAAAUGUAUAUAUCGAACUUCAAGCUUCAGAAGUAGUAGGAUGAAUGCCAGUGUGAGAAAAAACCGUGCUCAUCG